AUGCCUGAAUAUACCCUCUCUGCGGAUCAGCUACGGGCUAUCGACAUCGCCGCCCGGGUCUCAUCAUGUCUGUCGCUCUCAGGCUCGUCCUUCACGAUAAUCAGCUUCCUCAGUUACCCGCCGCUGCGGAAACCUGUCAACCGUCUUGCUUUUUCCAUUGCCGUCGCCAAUCUCUUUGCAUGUUCGGCGUAUAGUUGGGGGAUCCAUCCGAUCAAGGCUGGGCGAAAUUCUGCAUGGUGUCAAACGCAGGGGUUUUUCAUCAAUUGGUUUGUUAUGACGGAUCCGUUACUUGUUAUGAUUAUGGCGUUCAAUGUUCUUCUCACCGUGCGCACGAAACGAAACGCUACCGAGCUGAAAAGGGUCGAUGUGUAUGCGAUAUUGUUGGCUUUUGUCCUCCCGUUCAUCCCGGCUUUGGUAUUUUUGUGCUGGAGGCCCAAUGGGAAGACCGUCUAUGGACCAGCGACAAUGUGGUGCUGGAUCGCCAAAGAAUCGCAGAUUUUGAGAUUGGUGGCCUUUUAUGUGCCGAUUUGGUGUUUCAUCCUAGUCGCCAUCUUCCUAUUCGCUUUGAGCGGCAAACAAAUCCUCCUGGUGCGCCGCAAGGUCAAAUCCGCCAAAGCCGAAUGCGCUCUGCCCUGCGACGAGCCAGGCCUUGAAGGGAACAGUCCUCAACGAGACCGCCGUUUUUCGUCCUUUGCCCGAGCCUUCAUGUCCUCCACGGCCACGGCGACGAGGAGGGACUUGGUCAGAUCGGAGGUGCCCGGCUCCACUACAACCAGCAAUCGCCACCAUAACGGCGACGCGGACCGGGUGCCGGACCACGAGUCGCCCGAGUUCAAGGGCUUCGAACCGCUCGUGCCCAUCUACUCUCGCGAAGUGCUGGACCUGGAGUCCCAGAACGGAUCGUCGUCGCAUGAGUUCUCGAUCUCGACGGCGGCGGCGACGGCAACGCCCGGCUCUCCGACCGUCACCCUCGACCGGUCUGGCUCCGACCAGACGAUGCUGCGGGUGACAGACCAAUUCCCGCCGCGCAAGUCGUCAUCGCGGUUCGACAGGAUCCAUUGGAAAUAUGCAAAGUUUGCGUUUUUGUGUACCAUUGUUUUGUUCAUUACCUGGGUAUGUCCACCAUUUUACCAUUUCGCGCCCUUUCGGAGAUGA